CUCACUGACAGGUUCCGCUGACGAGCGCUGUGUUUUUACUGCGAUUUAUUUGUUUACGGAACUGCAAUAAAGUGUGCUAUUUUCCAAUAAGCACAGAUAUACUUCCAGUAGUUCGUGUUGAAACGGAAUCUCGGUCGGGUUAUUGCGAAAACCGUCGUCAGCUGUCAGGGCUCCGCCAGAGCUUUGUGCCUCAAAAUUCAGUCUUUACGUUCAACAGACGGCAGCUGUCAACGUAAGUCAAGAAAAAUGCUUGUUACUGUCUUUUUAAAAUAAAAAAAACCCCUCUCCUUUCACGAUAACGAACAUUUAUAUUUGUGUGUUGUGUGUUGUCCACCUUGUACUUCAUAUAGGUCGUGUAAACAUGGUGGAAGUAGUUUAAGAGGAAGUGAUACCGCUGUUCACAAAAACCGAUCUGUAAAUGUACUUUUCUCAUUUUAAGUAAACUGAUACCGAUACUUUAGUUUUCGCUUCCUUAAAAUAAAGUGUCAGACGGACCACAGUUGAUGUUUAUUCCAGUCGCAGCCCUCCUUCUCCGGACAAUGCCGGCGUCUCCACAGCGCCCCCCUGCGGCCGUGCUCCUGCUGCUGGUGUCCUGCCUGAGCGGGUCUCUCUCCAUCCCGGACCCCCGGCUGAGAGAGGCCCUCAUCCAGCUGGAGGACGGCAUGCAGGCCGGGGGGAAGAUAAAGCUGACAGAUGCCGAGAAGAGGCUGGACGACCAGCUCUUCAAAAUGAAGCAGGAGGAGAUGGGGAGGCCGGAUUUCCUCCCAGCCAUGCACUUCUUCAAGGCCAGGGACCUGAUCAGGGCCAGCCCCAUCUUCAGUGUGCUGCAGAAGAUGCCUAAAGGCGGAGCUCUCCAUCUCCACGACUUCUCCAUCGUGGAUGUGGAGUGGCUGGUGAAGAACGUGACGUAUCGGCCAAACUGCUACAUGUGCUUCACUGACAAACAGUCCGUCAGAUUCAUAUUCUCAUCGCAGUGGCCCAAACCUCGGCCUCAGUGUUCUCCGUGGGUCCUGCUGGAAAACCUCCGAGCCAAGACGGGGAACACCACCGAGCUCGACAACAGCAUCAUGAACAACCUGACGCUGUUCACGGACGAGGACCCCGAGGCGGUGUAUCCCAGUCAGGAUGUGGUCUGGGACAGGUUCGAGCAGACCUUCCAGGCAGUCUGGGGUCUGGUCACGUACGUUCCCGUGUUCAGGGAUUAUUUCUACAGAGGCCUCGGCCUGUUCUACGCGGACAACGUCAUGUAUCUGGAAGUGCGGGUGCUACUGCCAGAGCUGUACGAGUUGGACGGCAGCACUCAUGACAAAACCUUCACCCUGAAGGUUUACCAGGACGUCACUGAGCAGUUCACUGCCAAAUACCCAGACUUCUUUGGAGUGAGAUUCAUUUCGUCUGUUCCAAGGGCAGUAAAUGUGUCGGUGAUGACUGAAGCGGUGGAGGAGGCCAUGAAGCUACAGAAAGACUUCCCACAUAUCAUGGCUGGUUUCGACAUGGUAGGCCGUGAGGAUAAGGGCAGACCGCUGUGGUACUUCAGAGAGGCCCUGUCGCUGCCUCAGGAGAGAGGCAUCAACCUCCCUUUCUUCUUUCAUGCAGGAGAAACAGAUCUUGAGGGGACAGACGUGGAUCAGAACUUGCUGGACUCUCUUCUCUUCAACACGUCCCGCAUCGGCCACGGAUUUGCCCUCCUUCGCCAUCCGGUGGCCAAAGAUCUGUCCAGGAAGAGCAAGGUGGCGGUGGAAGUGUGUCCCAUCUCCAACCAGGUGUUGAAGUUGGUGAAAGACCUGCGAAACCAUCCAGCAGCUGUACUGCUGUCGGAAAAUCACCCAAUGGUCAUCAGCUCCGACGACCCCGCUGUAUUCGGCGCUUUCGGCCUUUCUUUUGACUUCUAUGAAGCGUUUGUCGGAUUUGGAGGCUUUAAAUCCCGUUUAGGUUCCCUCAAACAGCUGGCCAUAAACUCAAUCAGGUACAGCUCUUUGAGUCCGGUGCAACAGGAGAAGGCUCUUGUUCUGUGGAAUACGAAGUGGAACAAGUUUGUCUCUGAAAAUGCCCUUUAGAGAGAAGUCAGCACGUUCAAACAUGAGCAGUGCCUUUAUUGUUCACAAGGAACACAAAACGACUUGAAAACAGCCUCAGAUCUCAGCCUGACAGUGUUGCUCUUUAAAGGAAAUACAGCAUUUAAUGUAAUAAAUAUCGUUUACAUUGCCUAACAGGAAGACUGCAAAUUUCCAAGGCAAAACAGGCUUUUUUUUUAAAUGAGGAAUUUUGAGACAUUUGCACUUUAUGACUGUGUUUUGCCUCUUUCUGUAGGAUGAUAUGCAGCAUUUGUAUUGGCAGAGUGUGAAGUGUGCUUCUGGUUUGAUUUUGGUUUGUAGAAAACUAUUACAGUAUUUUUUUAAUGUGUUUUUUUAAAUGUUUUUCAAAGACAGGCCGUUUGAUUUCAUACAGUUUCUACUUGAAUGCCACUUUAAGAUUUUUAUUGAUCACGGAUGAUUCUUGAAAUUGAAUAAUCUACAUGCAGGCUUGUGUGUAAUGUAAAAAGGCAGGGAAAACAAACCAAUGCUAUUUCUAAAACUGUAACCACUUCCAAUGUGAAAAUGUUGACAUAUAAAAAAACAAA